AUGGAGAACAUCUUGGGCAGUCACCCGCAAGUUCGGUUGUCUGCGGAUGCGGUAAAAUUGACCGCCGAUUUGGACUUGGCUGACCCUAAAUUCGACCUACCUGGCACGGUCGAUUUGUUGCUUGGCGCCGAUGUACUGGGCAAAAUAUUACUCGGUAAGGAUCGUGUUUUGCAGCCAGGUGGCUUAGUAGCCCUCCGGACCAUAUUUGGGUUCGCAUUGAUGGGGCCUGUAUUGAGGGCUCCCCCUCCUGCUGAACCUGGAACGGCUUUGAUGGUGGGCUCCGCCCUCUCUGACGCCGUGCAGAGAUUUUGGGAAGUGGAAGAGCCACCACAAGCACCCCGCUCUGAUCCGGAACACGAGGAGUGUGAACGGUUCUACAAGAGCAACACUAGUUAUCUUCGUUCUGGCCGGAUCAUGACAAGAUUGCCAUUUCUUGCCGUACGACCGCCCCUUGGCGACUCGCGGCCUACUGCAGAGAAGCGUUUAUUGGCAAUGGAGCGCCGCAUGAGCAGGGACCCGCUACUCAAAGAGAAGUAUAUUGACUUCAUGCGGGAGUAUGAAGAUUUGGGACACAUGUCUGUGUCAAAACUUGACUGGCGCUCGACGGAGCAUUUUUUCCUCCCGCAUCAUGCUGUGAUAAAGCCGUCAAGUGGCAAGCUGCGCACAGUAUUUGAUGGUUCUGCGCAGACCACAUCGGGAGUGUCCUUGAACCAGUGUCUUCAUUCUGGUCCCAAAUUGCUUAAGGACCUUUGUGACGUCAUCACGCGGUUUCGGCGUCACCAAUUCGUUUUCGUAGCUGACAUCAAGAUGAUGUUCAGGCAAACGGUAAUCCACCCUGAUGAUCGUCGAUACCAGCUGAUAUUGUGGCGGGAAAACCCGCAAGAUCCCAUACUUGUCUACGAACUCAACACGAACACAUACGGGCUGCGGUCUAGCCCCUUUUUGGCCAUACGUUCGCUUUGGGAGCUCGCAGAUCGAGAGCGUAUGUCGUUUCCUCGCGCAGCCGCCAUUUUGAAGGAGGACCUAUAUGUUGAUGACAUAUGUACUGGUGCGUCCACGGAGAGAGAGGCUCUCCUUUUGCGUGACGAAUUGAUUGGCAUCCUAGCCUCCGCAGGAUAUGAAUUGCGUAAAUGGAUCUCCAACUUACCUGCGCUCUUGGAUGGGCUACCUGAUGACCACCAGCAGGAUCCUCACCUAUUUGAGAACCGUGACAAUCCUACCAUGAUGACAGUCCUUGGAAUACAGUACAGACCAGUCCAGGACAUCUUCACGUUCAACGUCGAUUUGGAUUCGCCUCGCACUUGGACGAAACGGCUGGUUCUGUCGACUGUCGCGAGAACGUUUGAUCCCAAUGGUUGGAUAUGCCCAGUCAUAUUCUGGGCCAAAUGCUUCCUGCAGAGACUUUGGACUGCAGGUCUUGGAUGGGACGAGCCACUCCGCGAAGCUAUUUUGAAGGACUGGCUCCUGUUUGCUUCCUCAUUGCCUGCUAUCAAUAUGAUAUCGUUGCCCCGUGCUAUGCUUCCACCAGGGAAGCAUACAGCGUCCCUUCAUGGGUUUUCGGACGCUUCGGAACGUGGGUACGCAGCAGCCGUAUAUUUGCGCACCGUGACCAUGGAUGGUCAAGUGAAGGUGUCAUUGGUCAUGGCGAAGAGCAAGGUCGCGCCUCUUCGAACUACCUUGACAAUUCCCAAGCUAGAGUUGUCAGGGGCGGCCCUUCUUGCUCGCCUCUUGAAUCACGUCAUGUCCACCUUGUGCCCGUCAGUUAACAUUGAGACAGUCUAUGCAUGGACUGACAGUCAAAUUGUCCUAUGUUGGCUGAAGACGUCAGUCCACACCUUAGAGGUGUUUGUUGCAAAUCGGGUCUCUCAGAUCCAGAAAUCGGAAACCCCGUUAAUCUGGAGGCAUGUGCCUGGCGAAGUCAACCCUGCUGAUUGCGCAUCACGGGGAUGUAUGGCCCCCUUUUUGGUUGAGCACUCCCUGUGGUGGGGACCUGAGUGGUUGACCAGGUCAGAAUCUAAUUGGCCGCGAACACCGGCCUUGGAUACUGUCACAUUGCCUGGGUUGCGAACCCUUGCGAUUGAACGGCGGGACCAUCCGUUCGACCCAGAUUUCCUAAUGAAUCGCUACAGCUCAUUAGACAAAUUACUGGGGGUCACCGCUUGGAUCAAGCGCUUCACCAGAAAUUGUAGACACCCACAGAACAAAUGCUUGGAGGCGUUCUUAUCGCCACAAGAGCUCCAGGAUGCUCUUCUUCAUUGGGUUCGUUCUGUGCAAGAAGAGAACUUUGAAAAUGAGAUUGAUAUUUUGAGAAAAGGCAAAUUGUUGUUGCUGUCCUAUGGUACCCCAAUGGUACAGAGGGCCUUCGUGAGACGUUUCCAUGCGUUGCUGUACUGGGCCCUUCGCUCCGCGUCCCUCCAACUAAACCUAGCUACUCGCAGCUCGGCGUCGACACCGACAGUUCGCUGCCACGUGUGCGCCGGCCGGCCCCGUUGCCAGCUCCUGCGCAGCGUCCGCUCCGUCGUGGUGCCGGCACUCCGAAAGGCGCACUCGAACACUAAGCGUGCCUUCCUGCACGAGGCUGAUAAUCACGGAGGAUGGGUCCCCGCGGUCUCAAUAAGAGCUGAAGCAAGAAACUUCAUGGAAGAACAGCGCUGA